AUGGAUAUGUCUUCGAUGAGUACGUCUGCUACGGGAAUGGACAUGAGCAUGAGCAUGAGCAUGUCGCCAUCGACAUCAGCAACGGGUACAGCAGCUGGGGCGCCUGCUACGACCAGCAGCAGUAUGGGAGGCAUGGGCAUGGGCGGCGGCUCCUCCUGCAAAAUCUCGAUGUUGUGGAAUUGGUAUACUGUCGACGCCUGCUUCAUCUCUCGCACUUGGCAUAUCACGUCCGGCGGAAUGUUUGCCGGUUCUUGUAUCGGUGUCAUCCUUCUCGUGUGUUCUCUCGAGUUCCUCCGCCGCUUGGGCAAGGAGUAUGAUCGAUAUCUUGUCCGCCAAUUCGAGCGGCAGUCCUCGGAAAGAACACCUACCGAGUCUUCGGACGAGACCCUCAAUGCCACUCACCAUGCCGGAGGCGCAAAAGACGGAGCCGUGACAGUGACACGAGGCAUUGGACAGGGACGCACUUUCAAACCCAACGUGUUGCAGCAAUUCAUCAGAGCUUUACUUCAUAUGUUACAGUUUGGUGUCGCAUACUUCAUCAUGUUGCUUGCAAUGUACUACAACGGAUACAUCAUCAUCUGUAUCCUUAUCGGCGCUCUUAUUGGGUCUUUCAUCUUCAAUUGGGAAGCCCUUGGUGGGUGGCCUGGCCCAGGCGACGUAAAAGAUCCUACGGUUUGCUGUGGUUGA